AUAUACAAAAUAUUUUUUAAUGUCAAGUUUUGAACUCUUUUAUUCAAUUAGUGAGGCCUUAAAAAAGUGUUUGUAUCUUGAAAUUUAUGGCCGUUCGUUGAUUUUCCUUUCUGGGUUUUGAUUGUUACAAAGUGGGAUUUGUCAUAGUUUCACUCAUAACGUAAUUAACAGUCAUUAUUAUAGAUAUACUCCAGAAUAGUGAGUCUUGGGUGGGGAUAUUAUCUGGUUUUGGAUCCUGUAGUUAUGAAUUAGAUUUUUCUUUUUCAUCUUUAGUGUUCAUUGAUAGGGAAACUUGAAGAGAAUAUUUCAUGAAAGUUUUGAUUUUUAAUUAAUGGUCUUAUCGUCGUAUUGUCUUCUUCUGAUGUAAACGUGACAAGUUUCAGGUGAUUUCUUUAUCAAUUGUAGCUAGGUGUUAUCCUAUGCACUUGCCAAAUGUUUCAUUUUCUGGUGUCUCUUCGUUUGAGCCUUUGGUUUUUUCCUCAGUAACAACAUUUUCUCUUGCUGUCUUGCAUAUUAAUAUACGAGGGUAAUUUGUAUUGGGGUUCUCUAGAUCGAAGAUAUAGUAGGAGGCUGUGCUUUGAAUUCAUUAGUAUGGUCUUCUUGCCAUUGUUGGUGCUCUAAGAAGCCUGAUUAGAGAUUAGAAUUCCCUUGUGUUUAGAUUACAAAUUCUUUUUUCUUCUCCUCAAUUUUUCUUUUUUAAAAUGGGGCAUUCUGUAGCUGUCUGGGAUCAUAAGGCUGCCAUUGAGAUUACAAAGGACUGGAAUGAAAUUGAUCAGGUGGUGCUUAGAAACCCUCAAGGGGCUUCUGUCAGGGUAAGCCUGCAUGGAGGACAGGUAGUUUCAUGGAGGAAUGAACAAGGGGAAGAACUUCUAUUCACGAGUAGCAAGGCGAUCUUUAGGCCCCCAAAAGCGAUGAGGGGGGGUAUCCCCAUUUGUUUCCCUCAGUUUGGGAAUACUGUGGAUCACUAAGAGCAGGUCAUGGUUUUGGCUAGGAAUAAGAAUUUGAACAAUUGAAUUGAAA